UUUCCACAGUCUGUGCGUCUUCGCCUUCCUCAGUCAGUGCCGAAGGUAACUCCGUGCGUAAAGCUCCUGGACAUCAUACAGACACCGUACGGUUUCAGCGUGCUUCUCUAGAGAUCAGUAGGGAAGAAACGCUUUCCUCGAGGUUUUCGCCAAAUAACCGGGAAACAGUUCAAUAUUUAAAUCAGUUUUAUUUAUUUAUGUUUUGUAUGCAUCCUAUGUUCAGGCUCUCAUCGCCAGUGUAGUUGUCCCCCAACAGCCUGUACUAAUGCCUCGGACCCAAACCGCCGCACCGAUUCGUUUCCAUUUCAAAGAGUAAACCAUGUGUAAAGCAAAUGACGGAUACAGUAGGAGCUAACUGGGGUGCGCUUGGAUCUAACCCGUAAAAACAAAGAUUCAUUCAAACUUAUGGCGUGAAGGGCCCGUUCUUGGCCUUCGUCACUCACAGCUAAUGGAUGUCUUAACCCAGUAUGCCUACAAUGACAGUUUCAAUGAUAAUGGAACAUGGAGCUUCAACGAAACAGAUCAAGAGCACAAGCACCCUUACAACUACUAUGCCAUGCUGCUUACUCUGCUCAUCUUCGUCAUCGUCUUCGGCAACGUGCUGGUAUGCAUUGCUGUGUCCAGAGAGAAGGCCCUUCAGACCACCACCAACUACCUGAUCGUCAGCCUGGCAGUCGCCGACCUUCUGGUGGCCACGCUGGUUAUGCCAUGGGUCGUCUACUUGGAGGUAGUGGGAGAGUGGCGCUUUAGCAAGAUCCACUGUGACAUCUUUGUCACUCUGGAUGUGAUGAUGUGUACAGCCAGCAUCUUCAAUCUCUGUGCCAUCAGCAUUGAUCGUUACACAGCAGUUGCAAUGCCAAUGCUGUACAAUACUCGCUACAGUUCCAGGAGACGGGUCACAGUCAUGAUAUCCGUGGUGUGGGUACUGUCUUUCGCCAUAUCAUGUCCCCUAUUGUUUGGCCUAAAUAACACAGCUACCCGUGAUGAGUCUCAAUGUGUGAUCGCCAAUCCGGCCUUCGUGGUUUACUCUUCCAUCGUGUCCUUCUAUGUUCCCUUCAUCAUCACUCUGCUGGUUUAUGUGCAAAUUUAUGUGGUGCUGAGGAAGCGCAGAAAACGUGUAAACACCAAACCGAAGCAGCGUGUCUGUCAGGCGGCCGACACUGAUAUGCCUACUUCGCUGAAGGAUAAGUGCACUCAUCCAGAGGAUGUGAGGUUGUGCACCAUGAUUGUUAAAUCUAAUGGAAGUUUUCCUGUCAACAAGAAGAAAGUGAUAUUCAUCAAAGAAGUAGUCCAUGAGGGGGAGGAUCUGGAGCUGGAUGAGCUGAACAACAGUGGCAGCAGCCAGAAACAGAAGCAGCCGCCACAGUGUGCUCUGGGAGACACUCCGGCCACCAGCCACCAGCUACCGAUGCCCAAAAAGGCCAACGCUAGCCCCACCUCCUCACCACCCACACCCCCUGAGCAGGGCCAGAAAGCAGAGAAAAAUGGAGAUCCUACCAAGGAGGUCCUCCGGGAUCCAGCACCCCUUGUGGCUAAAGCCUUCCAAACGCAGGCCUUACCUAAUGGCAAGACUCAGACCUCUGUGAAGACCAUGACCAUGAGCAAGAGGAAGAUCUCCCAGCAAAAGGAGAAGAAGGCCACUCAGAUGUUAGCCAUCGUCCUUGGUGUAUUCAUCAUAUGCUGGUUGCCAUUUUUCAUUACGCAUAUCUUGAACACCCACUGCACAAAAUGCAAGGUCCCCGCUGAGAUGUAUAAUGCUUUCACUUGGCUGGGCUACGUGAAUAGUGCUAUUAAUCCCAUCAUAUACACCACCUUUAAUGUUGAGUUCAGAAAGGCAUUUAUUAAGAUCUUGCACUGCUAAACUGCAGCAUCACUUUCGGAUCAGACUGAAGGAAGAGCGAUACAUAAAAGCAUCUCUUCUGGCAAAUACCUCAUCCUGUCAAGGGAAACGCACCAUAGGGGGAACGGCAAUCUGCUUUUUAAAACCUAUGGAGCUGAGUGACUGAAAAACUGAUAGUGUCUUAUUAAAAGGCACGUUGGCUCUAUAUGUGCAUUGUUUGUGGGGUCCCAUUCUCCAAAUCACUGAAUGUAAUACAAGAAAUGUCUGUAACAAGGAGCUGUUUCAUUGAGAAAAGAAAAUGUAACAUUGUUCUCUAAAUCAUUGUAUUUGUCACGUGGGUAGCCAUCUGUGUAUACCACACACAUACAAGUUGCAAACUGCUAUUUAUUGUAUAUGUACUUUACUUUUGAAUGAUGGAAAUCUUCUGCAAUUCUUAGUCAGUGUUCAAUGCAGUGUUAAAACUGAUACAAAAGCUCUUAAUCGUUAAGCGUAUCACUGGUUGGAAAGUGUGUCCAAGACAAGAUACAUGUUACCUGCUGUAUAAUGUGGCUAUGCCAAUAUCCACAUAUUUGCAAUUUUAUAAAUUGAAAAAUUUAUAUUAUUAUUAUUAUUAUUAAAAAUAUCAUUAUUAUUGUUAUUAUUAUUUAUAUUUGCUGUACAUAGUUUUUCUUGAAACAUUAACUGUGAUUAUAUGCCUGCUAUGGAAAUGUGAUGCAUGCUAAAUGGCUCCUUUACUUGAUUAUUCAUGAAAUGUAUGUUUAACAAAAGAUGUCCAAUAAAUGAAGUUAUGAGACACUGUAAAA